CGAAAGUUCGAAGGAUAUUCUACUGGUGAUGCAUUUACCGAGAGGACAACAAAUCAGCUCGUUUAUUUAACCUACGUUUUAGUUGGACACCUACAAAGACAGAGGUUAAGCUUUGGUUGGAGACGUUGCGGAUAUUAAUGAGAAGAGUUAUUAGUUGCCCCGGGGAACAUAGGCGAAGAAGAACUGAAGUCCUCGUCCGCGUCGCCCGACUUGUGGAGUUCUCCGCUAUCUAUGGCUGGGACAGGAGCGAACGGCAGACAGCUGAAAGGGGGCUACAGGGCAACAGGGAAGGCUGUUCAGCUUGCCCGGUUGUUGUAUACCGAAAGUGUCCGACUGCUAGACCUCUAUAAAGAGAGGGAGAGCUUUCCACAGACUGCUGUCUCUGGGGACCACCUUGUAUCUGUGCCUCGGCCAGCACCCCAACUUCCUGCAGGCGAGAGGGUAUGGCUCGUUCACACAGCCCUUGGGCAGUGCCAGGGUCUUCUGGAUCGUGCCAUAGUCCUGGAGGAUACAGAGCUGGGGCUGCCAGGGGACAAAGAGAACACAGAGUACCUUAGCCAGCGUAAAGUGGUCAAGGAGAGGCUGGGGCACCUGUUGCAGAGCACCAAGGGCCUCCUACUGGAUGGAGGUGGUACUGCAACGGUGGGGACAGGGCAGGCGAGGACAGAGGAGCCAGAUGGAGGCUUGUUUGCUUUGAAGGUGUGGAUUUAUCGGAUCAUUCAAGAUGUGGUUUACUGGACCAAUAUGGCCUCUGAAACACUCCCUAUGGCUCCUAUGGAGGCUGGAAAUGAGACAAGGAAGAUGGCAAGAAAUAGAAGGAAGGGGAAGAGAGUAGGACGUAGAUGAACAUCUUGAAAGAUCCAUAGAAGGUAGAGAGAGAGAGAGAGAGAGAGAGAGAGAGAGCGAGAGGGAGAGGGAGAGAGAGGCAAGGAGUAGAUCCUCACUCAAAGUCGAAGAUCGGAAUGCAGGGAGAUUCUGCCAGAAAAAGAAUGGGCUGAAACGCCUAAGGCUGUGAACUUUGAAAACCUGUUACAUCGCUUUAUAUUCUUGAUCCUAACUGUCAAGUUUAAGGAUAGGUAUUCAAUCUAACACUUCUCUGUGAACUAUGAACUAAUCACAGUUGUAUGUCAGAAAUCAUACUCCGCUGUGAUGGCUGUACUGUGACUGCUUGAUAUGGCUGUGUAUAGCUGCUACUGCAGGCAUUUGUUUGCCAUUAAAAAAACAAAGUGCUUAAUGUGACAAGUGGGCAUAGACAGCUUCUCGACAACGUCUCGUUCAGCACACUGAGUUUUUUCUAUGAUGGCUGUAAUGAAAGAAUGGAGGCGAGUCAGGGAGAACAAUUGUAGACGAGAUCAUCAUUAUACUGUAUAUAUUUAAAAUGUAUUGUCUUUUACAGUAUAUGCACUGUACAUGCAAAACCGCCUAUAGUCUGCUCAAAUCAGUAAUGGAUUAAUCCAAGUGGUCACACUUGUUUAAUCUGUGCAAUAGCCUACUCAUUAUUCAAUCAUUAUUUUCUAUUUUCUUUCCAUGUCUAAGUUGGCUAAAUAAUUUGCACAAGAGUAAGUUUAUACCUGGAUUUAAGGAUAAUAUAGAAGAAGGGACAGCUGAAAGGACAAUUUUGUAGAUGUAUUUCUAUUAUACGUUUGGCGGUUGUAGCUACUGAUGUUAACUGUUAGUGCUGCCAUGGGUCAGUUUCCUAUACCUGGGUUAAGCCCAGUGCUGGACUACAAUGGAACGUCAAUAGAGAUGUCCAUCAAAACGACUGAGACCAGCACCUAUAGGGUGAAUAACUUAAUCUGCAUUCCAUGCUUAUUUGUGUACAAUCCCGGUCACAUAUUUACUGUUGUCAUGCAUCUUUCUCCAAAAGUGUCUAGGUCCACAUUUGAAGUUGUCUUUGAAUCGUUGUUAAACCACGUAUGAACUCCCUGCACUGCACUGCAUGCUUGCUUCAAUUCGUUCGUUGGAGCACCACAAUGAGAGGCAAGAUGGGCUGUCUCACUCAAACUAGGCUGAAGUAGCAUGUGUGCAAUGGCCCAGAUCUGAUCUGCUGUGUGUCACUGUUGUUAUGUAAUCAAUAUCAGACUGGUCUUCCUUCUGUGUCUCAUCAAAUUAAACAUUUUUGAUCAAUACCUAAAGAUGCAUGAUCUUUGUUUGAUUUUUAUCUUUGAUUAUUCCCAGGAAGAGUCUCACUGUUGAGAUUCUGCAUGUCUGAUGUGUCAGAGCAAUAGUUUGACUCUCAUAGUUUGAGUCUCAAAUAAUGGAACAUGUAUCUGACUUCUCCUUUGAUGUAAUAGUUUUAUUAAUUGCAAUUUGUAGACUUAACACAUACAGUAUAGAGCCCUUAUUUGAAUAU